AUUGUAAAAUGGAUAGCAGUUCUCUUUGUACUUGUUCUAUUGUAUAUUGUACUUGUGGAUAUAAUAUUUUCGUAAUACAGACAAGUUUUUCUUCUACCCACAGUAGACGUAAAAACGACAAUUCGUACUUGAAUUAUGACAUUGAAAUAUUAUACCUAAAUGUAAUACCUAAAUACCUAAAUUACUUAAACCAGCUAGCGGGUUAAGGAAGCGUAUAAUGAAGAAUUCAAUAUUAAAUUUGUGUUUAUCGUGUUUGAAUGUCGGUCUGUACGUUUUUACACGUGUGUUUUUAAUGGUAUUAAGUGCUAGUAUAUACCAAGGAUUCGUUUUGGCUGAAGUGUUGUUAAAUAAUUCGAAUGUGUGGUACCCGAAAUGGUUAUCGAAUUUGUUAGAAGACUUACGCGACGUAUUGUCGAAAAUAACAAAUUUUUUAUUGAGAAGGAUCACAGUGAAGGUCGUCAUGUUGAACGGGUUCAUGCGCUGGUUCCUGAGGUUCUUGGUGUCCUUGCUGUCGAUCGUAGUGUGGCCUGUCACUUAUCUGUUAAACAUUAAACGGAACCGAAAAUGUCCACCACCUGUGAAUCCAAUACUGUUCAAAUCUGCCACCACAUUGGCUAUGAUGAUCAGGAAUAAACAGAUCACAUCUGAAGAACUAGUGGAAGCUUACAUAGAAAGAUGUAAAGAAGUUAAUCCAUUCUUGAACGCUGUCGUCGAGCCCCGAUACGACAUGGCACUAAAGGAAGCAAGAUGUAUAGACAAAAUGAUAGCUUCAAACGAGCGGUCGCCAGAGGAACUGGCUAAAGAAUAUCCUUUAUUAGGCCUACCUAUGACUGUGAAAGAAAGUAUAGCGGUGGAAGGCAUGAGCAACGACUGCGGGACCGUCUAUCCGUACAGAAAUCCCGCUAAACAAGACGCGGAUAUAGUUCGCUUGGCGAGGGCAGCUGGUGCCAUACCCAUAGCUGUCACCAACACGCCACAGCUAUGUAUGAAUUGGGAGACGUACAACAAUGUCACCGGGUUGACAAUGAAUCCGUAUGACCAGAAGCGUACAACGGGCGGAUCUUCUGGAGGAGAAUCAGCGUUAAUUGCAUCGGCUGCCUCGCUCAUGGGCGUAGGAUCGGACAUAGCAGGAUCAUUGCGACUACCGCCGAUGUUCAAUGGUAUCUUCGGACACAAACCCACACCAAGGCUUCUUUCUAUUCAAGGUCACGUACCAGAUUGUUUAGAUACAGAAUUCGAAGAGUACUUUGCACUUGGACCUAUAACAAGAUACGCUGAAGAUUUGACGUUACUUCUCAAAGUUUUGAGGCAACCUAAUGGACCCGAUGUGCCUUUGGACAAGCCGGUAGACCUCACGCGGCUCAAGUUUUAUUACAUGGAGGGAGAUGACAGUCACGUGACAAAUAAAAUAGGCUCGGAUGUGAAGAAAGCGCUGGACAAAGCCAAAGCCUACUUACAGUCGACGUACAAUAUUGAAGUUAAGGAGCUGAAAAUAGCGAACAUCGAACAUAUGUGGGAGAUAAGUGUGAGAGUUCUCUUCAACAUUCCACAUGUACAGAACAUCUACACAGACCCGCAAAAACGCGACCAGUGGGUUUCCGUUUGGCCCGAUGUUCUGAAGAAAAUGGCCGGCCUAUCGAAUCAUUCGUUGACGAGUGUCGCCUAUGGCCCAGUGAAGAAGUUUUUUGAUGCUUUACCAAAAAGUUACUACAAGAAUCUGCUAAGGAUUUUUGAAGAGAUCAAAUCAGAUUUCAAUGAAGCAUUAUCCGACGACGCAGUAUUACUUUUUCCUACUUUCCCAUACCCAGCUCAUCUGCACUAUAGAAUAUUCUACAAGUUUCUUAAUUGUGGGUAUUUGACAAUUUUCAACGCGCUAGGUUUACCUGCAACUGCCUGUCCGCUGGGACUCACUGACAAAGGUUUGCCGGUAGGAAUACAAAUAGUUGCAAACAAAUGCAAUGAUCACUUAACAAUAGCCGUUGCCAAGGAAUUCGAAAAAGCUUUUGGUGGGUGGUCACCGCCAAACAAAGAACUUUUAAACUGUAUAAAGACUGCAUAGGUAACGCUAACGAUGUUAGAAUAAUGUAAGAAAAGGCGAUAAGGACCUAACCAAGGAAAUUAAAAUUGCCAAAGCUGAGGUACAGAGAUAAUUGACAAAGACGUUAGAUUUUUAUGGAUCCUUACCUAUAAGUAUUUUUGUAUAAAAAUAAAUUUGUUUUAAUAGUGUAUAAUUAUUACAGGGAAUUUAAAAAGUAAAUAUUUGAAAUA